AUGAUCCUCUUCUUGAUAGCCGUUUUUGGAUUGGCUGCGGGGCAGAACUUGCAGCUCGACGAAGGAGACGAAUGCACGCCCUUCGGCGGUGGCCGAGGCACUUGCACCUUAUUCCGGCAAUGCGGGAUCCUCAGAGACUACAUAGCGAACCGCACUCAGUUCUGUGGCUUCAAAGGCUUUGAACCGAUCGUCUGCUGUCCCACCAGCAUGAGCUUGAGGUUUAACCGGGAAAACAAGUUUGAGCAAUUUUGUACGCCGAGGGAUCGUGAAAACCCCGAAAUCAUGGAGUUCAGAAAAGUAUAUGGUGGUAAUGAGUCUGCUCCCAGGACACAUACCUAUAUGGUUUUAAUCGGUUAUAAACUCCAGAAAGAGUGGAGAUGUGGUGGGACUCUGAUUACGGCAAGAUAUGUCUUGAGUGCAGCUCAUUGCUCUAAUCCUCCUGAAUUAGGUCCUGCCAGAUGGGCCAGGUUAGGAGAAUUGGAUUUCAAUUCCACUUUGGACGACGCUAAACCAGUCGACAAGACCAUAAUCGAGAGGAUCCGACACCCGAAAUACAAACCAAGCCAGCUAUAUCAUGACAUUGCCCUCUUCAAAUUGGAUAGUGAUGUUGUUUUUAAUAUUUAUACAUAUCCAAUAUGUCUCCAUAAUAAGCGAGAGAUAACCUCAAAGUUUGCUACUACUAUGGGCUGGGGAAGGACUAGCGAAGAGGGACCCACUAGCUCCAAACUUCUUGAAGCAAAAAUCGAAAUCUACAAUGACACAGAAUGUAUGAGGCUGAUGUCCAAUGAAUGGAUUAAGCUCCUUGCGCUGCGGGGUCCUGACGCUGAACAGAUGAUUUGUUCCGGACUGCCCGAUGGAAGCAAGGAUUCCUGCGCAGGUGAUUCUGGUGGUCCCCUUGUGAUAGAAGAAAGUAAACUCUUCAGGACUCAAAUAGGGAUAACAUCCUUUGGAAAGGGAUGCGGAAAUAAAAACUAUACAAACUCACCUGGUGUGUACACCAGGGUCUCCAAUUACAUAUCCUGGAUUAAGGAAGUAGCUUUCGGAGGCGAGAUGUUCAGGAUGACUGCGGCGUCUUCCCAAGAACUGAAGCUCAAAGAAGGAGAAAUGUGUCAGCCUCCAAACGGAACCCAGGGCAUUUGCACCCUUCAAAGCAAAUGCCAGACUAUCAGAAACUUGAACCUGAGCCGUCACCUAAUCUGUUCCUUCAAGGGAUUUGAACCGAUUGUCUGCUGCCCCAACAACCUAACAACAAAGAUUAACCAGGGGAACAAGGUGGAGCAAUUUUGUACGCUGUUGGAUCGUGAAUACCCCAAUAUUGACAGCUUGAGAAAGGUGUUGGGUGGUAAAGAGUCUUUAUCUAGGAAACAUACCUAUAUGGCUUUGAUCGGUUAUGGUGAAACAAAGAAAGAGUGGAUAUGUGCUGGUUCUCUAAUUACAGCGAGGUAUGUCUUGAGUGCUGCGCAUUGUUCUGAUCCUCGUAUUUCAAGUCCAAUCAAAUGGGCCAGGUUAGGAGAAUUGGACAUCAGUUCCUCAUCGGACGACGCUGAACCAGUAGACAAGACCAUCAUCGAAAGGAUCACAUACCCGAAAUACAUAAGAUCCCAGAACUAUCAUGACAUCGCCCUCUUCAAAUUGGAUAGUGAUGUCGUUUACAAUAUUUACAUAUACCCAAUAUGUCUCCAUACUAAGCGAAAGAUAGACUCAACGUUCGCUACUAUCAUUGGUUGGGGAAGAGUUGGAUUUAGUGAUGGCACUAGCGAGAAGCUUCAGGAAGCAGAUAUAGAAGUAUACAAUGACACGGAAUGUAGAAAGCUUAUGUUUAGCUCGGUUAUGGCCCGGACGCCGCAGGGUCAUCAAGCUGAUCAAAUGAUUUGCGCAGGAGUGCCAGAUGGAAGCAAGGAUGCCUGCCAAGGAGAUUCUGGUGGUCCACUGGUUGUGGGGGGUGUAGGUAAGUUUAUCAAGACACAAAUAGGAAUAACAUCAUUUGGAAAGGAAUGUGGAAGUCCAAACUCGCCCGGGGUAUAUACCAGGGUAUCAAAUUACAUACCUUGGAUAGAGAAAGUAGCUUUCAGUUAA